UUUUGUACGGAGCGGUUGUGCCAAAGACUGAAGUGUAAAGCGGAAAAGCGUUCAAUUCAUAACAUAAGAGGAUUUAAGUGAAAAAUAUAUUGAAAAAAAAAGAAUAUUUAGUUAAAAUAUGAAAUAUAAGUUUCACGGUUUCGCUUUGCAGCCAAAUAGGAAUAUAAUAAUAAAAUGAUCAACGAAUUUAUGUAUAAUAACCGGUUAUUAAUACCUAGCAAAUUAUUUGAAAUUAUUUAAUGUGUUCAACAAAACAAAUGCCAUUUGUCAGAAACUAAACAAAAAAAAUAGAAAAUUUGCAACGACCACUUAUAAUAAUAGAGCCUUCAUGGAGGAACUCAAGAUCGAAUGCAAGCAAACGAGUCAUUUUGUUAUCUUUGAAGUGAAGAAUAAUGGUAGCGAUGAAUAACCGGUUGCAUAUCUGCCAAAUAGCAACAAAAACUCAUUGAAAAAAGUGAAGAAAAAAUAAAAAGAAAUAAUAACAAAACAACAAAUUUUGUAUGCAGAAUUAUUCAAAUGUGAUCAACAAAGAAAAUGAUGUGUGAUUCAAGUGGAGAUUCUAUUUUAACAUCAUCUUAACCAAUAAACACAUCAAGAAAUCUACAAAAGUGGCAAAAAAUAUAGCCAUUAAUUGCGGAAUUAAAGCUUUGUCAAAAUUUUUGUAUAGCUAACCCUUAAAAAAAGAAGUUUACAUGUGUGAAAUGAAUUGAAAUUUUGAAUUCUAAUUCAAAGAAACGGUGAUUAUGACCAACAUAUAAAAACAACAACAAGAAUUGCAUUAUUUUUUAUCGCCAUAGUCUACAAAAGCAUUUCAAAAAUGUGAUAUUUUGUCUGUGAAUAUUUCAUAAAAGGUUUUUAUAAGUAACUUGAAUAAACUUUAUAUUUACAUACAAACUUUUACAAAAAUUCGAUUUUAAUACAAAAAGUUUAAAAUAUUAAGCAUUUUAAAAUAAACAUGUCUCGCAAGAGAAAAGAAAAACAAUUUGUCAUUGAUGUCAUACGUCUUCGAUGACUAAAAAGUGAUAAAACAUACAAUAACAAAAAACAUAAAUAUUUAAAACUAACUACCUAAGCCAUCAACUAAUAAAAUGGGAAAUUCUUCAUCAUCGCAUGGCAGUAAAAGUAGCCGAAAAUGUCGCAGCCUACCAAAUUCGCCUGACGUCAGAAGACAAAUUCCCCAAGCGUAUACCAAAGCCAAUGGAACUGCCAUACCAUUACCUGCCACGGUUAUGGUACAAAGGCGUUGUCCUCCGGAUAAAGUAAGACCUCUGCCGCCUACACCGAAUCAUACACCAUCAAUACCAGGUUUGGGCAAAAGCGGCAGCGAUUUUAAUGCCAGCCGUCCAAAUAGUCCUCCCUCGAGUAAUCACAGCAUACAAAGUCUGAAAAGCGGCAAUAACAAUGGCCUCAGACAGCCUACCAUUAAGUCGGGCAUACCUGCACCUGGCUCCAAUAACAUCUCCACCAUACCCACCGUCAAUGGCCAACAGAAACAUUCUAUGCUGGACAAGCUCAAAUUGUUUAACAAGGAAAAGCAACACCAGCAACAACAAUUGCAACCACCUCAGCAACAGACCACCCUGAUUAACUCCAACAAGAACCAACUGCAGUCCAAGAGAACUUCAUCUUCUUCUGGAUUCUCCUCAGCUCGUUCCGAGCGGUCCGAUUCCAGCCUAAGCCUCAAUGAUGGCCACAUUUCACAAAUCAAACCGCCCACGGUGUCAGUGACAUCGGCCAACAAGUCCAGGGAUACCAAAGCCAAUCAGAAGCAAUCGAAACUUCUGCAAGCUCAAUCCAAAAAGGAUCAAGUCAAAAAUGCCUCCAAGAGUGAUAAGAAGGAAAAGAGCCCUGCCAGAUCAUUGAGCAAAGAGGAUGCCGCCAGCAUAGACAGCAAAAGUUCCACUCUAAAUCGCAACAAAAAUUCGUUGCCUCGUGGCAAGGACUCUAGUGGUUUGAAAUUUGGCUCCAAAACGAAUUUGACCAAUAAAUCCGAAUCGAAAACCUCUCUCAUCAUACCUCCAUCGUCAAAAGCUUUAAAUAGCCCCAAUGGUGUAGUGGGGGGCCUGCCAAAACCCAUAGCGGCCAUAAAGGGUACCAGCAAACUGCCCCAGGCCCCACUGCAAACGGACAAUAAAUCUCGCCUAAAUAAUUCCAAUUCAACGCAAGACAUGAUCAUGAAGAGAGAAAAGAGUGACAUAUCAUCAUCGAAUGUGGGCCAAGCGCUACAUGCACCGAACAUAUCACAACCACAAAGCUCAAGCAAUCAUCAAAACCAACCACCCACACAUAUCGUAAAACCAGUACAUAUAGCCUCAGAACAGCAGCAGCAGCAACAACAUCAACUACUACAACACAAUCAAAAAUCCCCCUAUUAUGCCAAUGCCCAAAACAGUCAGCAGGGUAUGCAACAUCAGCAGCAGCAACAGCACCAACAGAUCAUGCCACCACAACCUAUACAGGAACCCAACUACAGCCGUUUACCACCUCCCAAGCCAAAUUCAGUGGGCACUCCCAGCUCUGUGCGUAAAUUAGAAUACAAUUCUGGGCCUGGAGUUUUGCAACCGCAGCAGCAUUCUCCGCUGAGAUCCCUGACGCCGGGAGCCCACCAUUCACAACCAGUAACACCGACGACUCAACAAGCCCCUCUCCUAAACAAUGGAGGAUCACCCACCAAAUACCAUACCAUUCCUUCCAAAAUCGUGGGCACCAUCUAUGAAGAAGAUAAGCCGGUGAAUGUCCAGCCCAUGCGUCCUCUUCUAAGAGGCUACAACUCCCAUGUGACUUUACCCACUCGAGGAGCGAGAGGAAAUCAUAAUUUCAUCUCCGACUAUUGCGAGAAUGACAUCAAUCAAGGCUAUUGCAGCGAUGGUGAUUCGUUACGCUUCAGUAACUCCAGAUUGGGUCAUGGGUCGCCUCUGCAAAGCUCUCCCAGAUUCCAGGACAUUGACAAUGGCUAUUUGUCUGAAGGCAGCAGCGGCAUUGGCCUCAAUCACAAUGGAGGUCAUCAACACCUAUCACAUGGCAAGCAUUUUCUCAGUAUGAUGAGGGCUCGCACGCAAUUGCCCACCACCAUUGAAGAAAGAAUACGUAACAGCCGUGGCAGCCUAGAUAGCAUUGGCACAGGAGCUGCCUCUUCGGCAGCUUCUCAAGCAAGCUCUAGUGGGGGUUCCAAUACCAAAAUGGACAUCAGCAAUGGCCUGAAUGGUUCUGCCAACAAUAGCGCCAAUAGCAGUCCCCAACAUCAUCAUAGCAACAGCAGUCCCUCACAUCGUUCAUCAUCGCGAAAUGGUAACUCACGUGAUAAUUGGUCCAAGAUGGGCGAACCCAUGAAUGGUCAAAAAUCAGAUCACAAAGAGAAAUCAUCGCCCUCACGCCGCAGUCUCGGUGGUUCGUCGUCGAAACAAGGAUCACCUUCUUCCAGUCGCACAAAGGGGGUGCCGCCCAGCUUUGGUUAUGUGAAGCGUUCAAAUGGCACGGCCACGGCAACAGCAGAGCAACAAAACAUAGCCAUGAUGAUGAAUGCAGUGGGCAACAGUAGUCCACAAAAUGGAAGAACCGCUCAUGUGUCGGCAGUGCCUAGAACAGCGGGAGCCAGAAAAAUGUCGGGUGGAGCUCAAACACUGCCGCAUGAAGUGUCAAAAAUGCCACCCACUACACAACAUCGCAGCUACUCUUUAACGGGUCCAGGGGCCACACAGCUGAGUCAGUGCAUACGCGAAAGAUUGGCCGGCUCUCAUAGUCUGCCAAAACCCGGUUCCGAUAUGCAUAUGUUCCAACACAGAUUAUCAAAUCGCCCGGGAAAGAUGUUGGAUGGCUCGCUUUCGGACACCCAAACCUAUGCUGAGGUCAAACCUGAAUACAGCAGCUAUGCCAUGUGGCUAAAGCACAGCAAUACAGCAGGCAGUCGUUUAUCGGAAGGUGAUUCCUUGGAAAAUAUGCAAAUCACCUCACCCUCUAUGUCUAGGCACAAUCACAAGAUGAUGCAACAUCGUGCCUCAGCGGCCGCCGCAGCGGCUAUGGCUGGUAAUACGGGCGGCAUGACGGGCACCGAAUCGCCCUAUGUGCAGAGUCCUCGAUUGAAUCGCAGCAACAGCAUAAGCUACUUGAAAGAAAGGACAUAUCCAAGAUCUACGAAAUCCGAAAAAAUGUAUCCCUCUAUGAUGUCAAGAGGUUCUGAAGUCGAAAUUGAACCAUACUACUGCCUACCAGUAGGCGCCACACAUAAUGGCGUCAUCUCAGCUCAAAUGGCUGCAGCUGCGGCUGCUGCAGCCGCUAAUGCUCAAACGUCGAAUAAUGCGGGUACUACGGUGGCCUGGAGUCAACCCACAUCGCCUACACCCAUAAAUCGGGGUUAUGCUGGUCCCAUGUCACCAACUCAUUGUAAUACGGCCGGUAUGACAAAUAUGGCGGGAACAACCGCUAGUCAUAGACUAACGUAUCCCAAGAAAAAUGAUGAAGUUCACGGUAGUGCUGCUUCAUUGUUAUCUGGAGGUAGUUCAUUGUAUGGCACAUCAGAAGAGAGACAGGCCCAUGAAAUACGUCGACUUAAAAGGGAACUCAUAGAAGCUCGAGAACAAGUCCUGAGCCUGAGUAGCCAGUUAUCAACAAAUGCCCAUGUGGUGAAUGCCUUUGAACAAUCCCUUUCGAAUAUGACCUCCCGUCUGCAGCACCUGACGGCCACAGCAGAACGCAAAGAUGGCGAGCUAACCGACAUGCGUCAGACCAUAGAACUUUUGCGCAAACAGUCCAUACAAGCCGGUCUCACCACUGCCCACAUGCAAAGUAUGGGUGUACAAACGCAAAGUCAAUCUCAGAAUGAUCUGCUCAGUCAGAAACCUCCACCACUGCCACCCUCAAUGCCCGGUCAGCAUAUGUCACGUGCCAGCCAACAUCAUCAGCAGCAGCAGCAGCAACAGCAGCCGGGUACGAAUGGCACGGGUGGUGGUGCCAUGCAAAGACAUCACAGUUCGGAUUCCAUGUGCUCGGUGAAUUCCAUUGGCUCAUCCUGCUCCACCCAAGACAAGAAACAAAAGAAAAAGGGCUGGCUGAGAAGUUCUUUCACAAAAGCCUUUUCACGUAAUGCCAAAAUUUCCAAAACUAGUCGUCAUGUUGGUCACAACCAUGGCCAGCACAAUAGUAGCGCAUCAAUAAAUCCCAGUGACAAUGGUAGUCUCAAUAAAACCAAUGGACAUAAUCAUGCCGAACCUUUGGGUCUUUCGGCUUUGGCCACUCAACCGGCGCCUCCAUUGCCCACAUCGCCCACCAAAUCAAGUCCGGCCAAAACGGUUACCCUCAUAGACAAUGCCAAGCCCAUAGAUGCCAUAGAGCAUGAGGAUGCCAUACACGUUGUCGAGGAUCUGAAAAAACAACUCAGGGAAAAGGAUCUGGUCCUAACAGAUAUUCGCUUGGAGGCUCUAAGCUCUGCCUCCCAGCUAGAGAGUCUCAAAGACACUGUGAACAAAAUGAGGGCAGAGAUGAUGUCGCUGAAACAGAACAAUGAGCGAUUGCAGAAAAUGGUUACCAGCAGAUCUUUAGCUGGUUCAGAAGCUUCCCUGGGCAAUGCGGUUAGUCCCAACGGUUCCAUAGGUGAGUCCAGGCGUUACUCUUUGGCUGAUGCCAACACCAGGCCACCCAUGGAAUUGCCCAAAAGACUAGAGGAGGAAGUCGAGGAGGAGAAUAUACCACCGGCCCCUGCUCCAGAACCACCACCACCUCCACUAUCGCCCACCACACACAUCGAUUUGACCCCACCACCCCCAGCUCUUGAAGCCAUAUCCAGCCCAGCUCAUAUGCCCAACACUGCCGAGGAGUUGCCGGAUGUGAGCGAUGGCAAGAAGAUUGCCAUAGCCUGUUACCUGGGUCAACCAGAAUCCUUUACGAAGUACUGUGAAGAAAUGUUGGAAGUGGAUGAUUUCUAUGCCAACAGCUCAAUGAUAGGCAACAAUUUGGAUGAGAAUGGCGAGUGCAAAGCAUUCCCUACAGCCAGUCCCAACGAAUUUGUCAUUGCCUACACCUACAUUUCCGGGAAGACCUCUUGGCAGAAUUUGGAUUACAUAGUGAGAAAAACAUUCAAAGACUAUGUGUCCCGCAUAGAUCCGGGAACAAAUUUGGGCUUGAACACCGACUCCAUAACAUCAUAUCACCUGGGUGAAGCCAAGCGUGGGCCAGAGAUGGGUUUCCCAGAACUGCUGCCUUGCGGCUACAUAGUGGGAAAUGUUAGGACUUUGUAUAUCUGCCUGCAAGGUGUGGGCAGCUUGGCCUUUGACAGCCUUAUACCGAGAAGCAUAGUCCAUCGCUAUAUAAGUUUGUUGACCGAACAUCGCCGAUUGAUACUGUGCGGACCCAGUGGCACUGGCAAAUCCUAUUUGGCCAGACGUUUGGCUGAAUUUUUGGUGGCGCGUUCGGGUAGAGGCAAUCCUUCGGAAGCCAUAGCCACAUUUAAUGUGGAUCACAAAUCCUCCAAGGAGUUGAGACAGUAUUUGGGUCAUGUGGCCGAACAGGCGGCCAUAGCCAAUGGAGCCUCUGAAUUGCCUUCGGUGAUAAUUUUAGAUAAUCUACAUCAUGCCUCGGCCUUGGGUGAUGUCUUCUCCUGCCUGCUGAGUGCGGGACCGGCAGCCAAGCUGCCUUGUAUUAUAGGCACCAUGUCCCAGGCCACAUGCAAUACCACAAAUUUGCAGUUGCAUCAUAACUUCAGAUGGGUAUUGACAGCCAAUCAUAUGGAGCCUGUCAAAGGCUUUUUGGGACGCUUUUUGCGUAGACGUCUAUUCCAAAUGGAGCUGCAAGCUCAACACUCUCAACCCGAGUUGGCUUCAGUUUUGGCUUGGUUACCCACUGUCUGGCAACACAUUAAUCGCUUUUUGGAGGCUCAUAGUUCUAGUGAUGUUACCAUAGGACCACGCCUGUUUUUGGCCUGUCCUUUGGAUCUAAAAGAGUCACAGGUGUGGUUCACCGACAUUUGGAAUUAUCAUCUGUCACCCUAUUUGAUAGAGGCUGUUAGGGAAGGAGUGCAGUUAUAUGGUCGCCGUGGAGGAGCCUGGAAUGAUCCAUCAGCCUUUAUACGUAACUCAUAUCCCUGGCCCUAUGGACCGGAUUCAGUGCCACCGCUAAGGCAAAUCAAUGCAGAAGAUGUUGGUUUGGAGGGAGUGGCGGCCAGUAGUGGAGACAAUCAGGAUCCAUUGUUAAAUAUGCUGAUGCGCCUGCAAGAAGCUGCCAAUUACUCUGAAAAUCAAGACCAAGAAUCCGACUGUGCCAGUCUGGAUUCCAACAUUACACCAGACAGCUCAGCAGGGGCCGAAUGAGAUCAGGCGAAUGAUGCGUCUGAGGAUCCAGCAGACCAUCAUCUACUGUGGCAAUGAGCGCAAAAUGGUUUUACUGAUAUUCGGGCAUAUGUAACCGCUGAUAGAAGGCAGGACCGUAUGCAACAAUAAUACAACUGAAGUAUGCAGAACUUUAUACAGCUUUCUCCCAAAGUUUAUAUACAACAUACUCGUAUUUAUAUAAUCCCCCCUCCCCCCCCUUGAAAACACAACAACAAAUGACUAACAUUUAUAUAUGUCGACUUUACAAAACAAAACAAAAAAACAAACUUUUUACAAAACUAAAAUAACUAAAAACCAACCCUGUAUGUAAAUGUAUCUUUUAAAUACCACAAAUUUUGUAUAUUUUAUAUAAGGAAAACCCCAGAAUUCCAAGACUUUUUUAGGGAAUCCCCAAAAACUGGCUAACAAUGAAAGUUAAAAGAGAGCAGCUGGCAUAGAUCUUAGGUAAUAUUUUUUUUUUUCAUUUAAACUCCAAACCAAAUGCCAAAAUCCGCGCCAUAGAGAUUUUUGAACACCCCAGAGAACAAGGAAAGGCCUUUAAAAUAAAACAAAAAUAAGCAUAGAUCUGAAUAAAGCACAAGCCCCAGAAAAUCUGACGUAGUCACCCACUAAUCGCACUUGCACUACUUUCUGCAAAACUCUGAAAUGUUGUAACACAAAAGAAAGCAGUUGCCCAAGUCACAAUGCAGCAAAUGUCAUACCAACAAAAAAAAAAAAACAAAUGAAACGCAAAGAUCUGCAAAACAAAAAUCGGUUGAAUUCAAAAUUGCACUUUUUAGCCGCACUUGUUAAAAAUGCAAAUUUUUUUAUUUGAACACCAUUCCCCAUACCAUUUGCACCCAAACACACAACGACACUGGCAAGAGGUGUCACUUGGUCUCUGGUGUUAUUGAAAAUCUCUCUUACUUUUAUAAAGGCGCAGGACGACUGCGACUUGAGGAAAUCCAAAUCUAGAAAAGAAAAUCCUUUAACAUAAGAUGUUAAUACAAUUUUCUAAGCUGGUUCCAUAACAACACCGACGCUAACAAUUAGUUACUAAAAUGUUUUAAUUUCGAGAGAGAGACGAGAUGCAUGGUACGACGACAAGCUCGAACGGGUCAAAUCUCAAGUCGCCAAUCGAAUAUCUGUAAAUUGUAAAUAAUACUUCAUACUAAGCCAAAUUAUUAUUACUAUAAUACCACUAAUUAACAACUUAACUAACAAAACUAAACGAAAUGUAUGGAAAAGCGCUUUUAAGUCCCUACCAAAAACUUAUGAAACAAGAAAUAACCCAAAAAUCCUAUAUAAAGGCCAAUAAAAAAUGCUACAGCUAAACCAAUUCAAAAAUUUUGCCAUCAACCUCCCCAUGUAGACCAGAUACCCUGAAAAAAAAAAUACAGACACUUAAUAGCCGCCCCCACAGCAGUUUCAUACACAGCCAACAAACAUAUAACACACAAAAAUAUAUUUAAAAAAAUCAACAACAACAACAACAAAUCAAUAAAUAUAGCUAAAUUUCUGUUUUGUGUAACUUAAUUAAAAUAAAAUAUAAAAAUAUAAAAACAAAAAUAAUUAUUAAAGCUUGUUAUAGUUUUUAGUUGAACUUGUUUUCUCCAUAUUUUAAUAAUUUGAAUGCAAUUUGUUUCAUAACUAUGAUAACUAAGAGAACCAUCAUUGAUGAUGAGGAUAAUGAAGAGAUAAUAGCUUAAACCAAUUACAUAAACUAUUCUAUUAUUAUGCAAAACGAUAUUAUCAAAUAAGUUCAUAUUUUAGUUGUAGUUAAAAACAAAAACAAAAAAACACAAAGAAAUUAAAAAUAAAGUAAAACAAAAGCAAGGCAGUCGAAGAGCGAAAGAGCAUAAUGAAAUGUAAAAUCAAAAUAAUUUGUAAUUUAAAAUUAUUAAUUAAACAAAAAAAAAAAAAAAAAAAACAUGAAAUGAAUGCUAUAAAAAUAUAACAGAAAAAUUAAAAAUAAAACAUUUUUUCCAAAAAUU